UUGGAAUGAAAAAGUGGUAUUAUUAUUUAUGUUGUGAAAUAAAACUGAUUUCUAUAUACCAUCAAUGCAUGAUAAAUGAUGGAUCUUAAACAAGAGACUAUUUCAUCUAAUGAUCGGCUACAAAACAUUUUGCAGAGUUUAUCGAAAUGUAAAAUUGAAUUCAAAAACGAAAAAGAAGAAAUUAAAAUUCUACGAGAAAUUAACGUGAAACUGGAAUUACAACUGAAAGAGUCUCGUGAAACAGAAAAAUCACAUCGUUGCCAUUUAGCGACUUCACGAGAAAUGAUAGGAAAUCUUCAGGAAACUGUUUCGCAACUUGUAUAUCUCAAAAGGGACACCAAGAAAUUGAAUGAUGAUAUUGUGUCUAAACAUGCUAUCAUAUUAGGACUGGAAAAAGACAAGGAAAGCAUUAUUCAGAAGCACAAUGCAAGCAUUCAGGAGUUACGUACCGCGCAUGAGAAGCACAUCGAGGGAGUAACAAUAGCUAAUGAAAGAAAAAUUCAGCAGAUCCAGCAAGACUUCGAUACGUCAGCCGCGCAAAUGUCGUGCGCCCUUGAAGAGUUACGAGCCAAGAACAAGGAGCAAGAAGCAUCUUAUAGGGACAAGAUGAACGAAGUGGUAUUGGAAUAUGAAGAGAAAAUUCAGCGCAGCGCAGCCCUAGUCGCACAAUUGCAGGAGCAGUUGUCGCGACAAGCAGCACGGACUGAUGCCAACAUCGACGCGUAUCGCAGGAGGCUUGAGGAAUUAGAGGAGAAAUUAAAACAAAGUCAAUUUAAGAACUACUUAGCUCAGAGCUCGUAUCCUUCGGAAUCCCAAGUUGAAAGACCCUAUUCGAUCGAUAGAGAUCCAUAUGAACAGUGCUCAGUAGAUUUGAGUCCAGUACUCGAAGAAGCUUCGAAGAAAGUGAUUUCGGCGAAGCAGAAAACUAAACCCAAUACUUUACAAGUUACGUAUUAUGGGAAUAAAACGCCAAGUGCACAACAAAAUGAGAAGAAAGGACAAUUUAAUAUUGCGAAAAAAAGGAAGCUUUACAAUGAUAAAGAGUUUUUGGAUUUCUAAUUGUUCCCUACUAUUAGGGCAGUUGAACUGCGCCUUCUUUUAAGACACUUCCCCGUCAGAUA